AGGGAAAAGACAUAGCUGGGUUGUGGGGUGGAUGACAAGAGAAGAAAAGCCCACUGGGCAGGAACAGUCAGUGAGGGCUUGGGAGCAACCAAGCCAACGCAGAUACUUGCUUAGGAGGGAUCUUUACAGCUUCCUCAGAAGAACCACAAACAGCCAUUUUCUCUGAGAAGAAGGGAGAAGCUCUCCUUCCUCCUGGUGUAGCCUCUGGUCUUCCCUGAUAGGUCAGAAAAGGUGCCAGAUAAGAUAUUCUGUCUUCUGGUUGUUUGGGGGCUACAUGACUCGGCGUCUUCUUCUUGACCAGGAGCUCCAGGCAGCACUUGAGCCGAGCAGAAACUGGCACCUAACAGCUAGUGGGGUGGGCAGUUGGGCACCCAUCCACCCAAAGACUAAAAGAAAAAGCUUGAAAAAUAACAUAAAUAAAUCCUGGAGACACCUGGGGAAAAGAGAGAGCCUGGCAGGUUGGGCAACCACAGCUUACAAAAACAAAAAUUGCCCAAGCACACAGCAGCAGACAGCAAGGGGCUGCCAAAGGGGAAGGUGGGGAGAACUCUCAGCAUCCUUAUUAUCAAAGGCACUGAGGGCUGUUACAUGUCAGAAGUGGAGAGGGGGGGGGAGCCACAAAGAAACAGAAUUUAAACCCACAGCAGCACCCAGUUAAACCCACUACCACUAGGGCUGCUGGUGCAAUUUUUAAAAUAAUAGUAAAAUAAGCAGUUGGUAAGGAAAAUAAAAAGAGAGCAAGCCAGACACUGGCACAGUCUCUCUGCCACCACUCUCUGCUCUGCUGCAGUCUUCCUCCUCUGAUAUCCUCUAAGAGUGUGGCUCUCUCUGUCGAGCAGCCCCUUCAAUACACUUUGAAACUCCCUCCUUUUGGCUCCCCCUCCCUCCCCCCAGCCAGCGGGAGCACAGUGGCCCCUGACGACACUUGAUUUUGUAUGAUGACAAGCCAACCAAGGAACAAGGAGAUCACAAGCCAAUUGGAAGGCAAUGCCAGAAAACCAACAAGAAAGGGGAAAACACUAAAACAGCCCUCCAAAAUGGCACCCACAAUCGCUGCUCGAAACAGCAAACCCACUUGCCGCAAAACUGGUUGGUUCUGGGUUGAUCUCGAAGAAGACCCCUUUUUGUAGGGUGUUCUCUGGUGAGAAUGAACUGCUUGAAAUGCCCUGUUUCACAGCGAACCUUUUCCUGGGCGUUCUGCACAUCCCUAGUUAAAACUAAAAGUCAUUAAGAAAAUAAGCCAUUUAAGCAGCAGGUCCACCGAUGUAAUGCUGAAAGUGAAGGACCAGGCUGCCCAUAUACUACUUCCCUGCCCUGAGGAAAAUCCCAUUAUCCACUUCAAAAUGAAAUUUUACACCAUUGAAUAGCACUAGUUCAGAAAUAAGAAUAGUCUAUAUAUUAACUUUGGUUAAUAAGGAGAUAAUGAUGACAGGCUGGCAUUUCAGGAGGACCUCCCCACUUCUGCAGCCAGAACCAGGACAGUCCCACCCACCCCCUUCUGCAGCCGGACCAACUUCAGUCCUGACCUCCUUCUGCAGCCAGCCCCGGGAAAGACCCACACCCCCCUUCUGCAGCCAGCCCCGAGACGGCCCCACACACCCCUUCUGCAGCCAGCCCCGGGACGGACCCACUCCCCCCUUCUGCAGCCAGCCCCGGGAUGGUCCCACACACCCCUUCUGCAGCCAACCCCGGGACGGUCCUGCACCCCCCCUCUGCAGCCGGCCCCGGGAUGGUCCCGCACCCCCUUUCUGCAGCCGGUCCUGGGACGGUCCCGCACCCCCCUUCUGCAGCCGGCCCCGGGACGGUCCCACACACCCCUUCUGCAGCCGGCCCCGGGACAGACCCGCACCCCCCUUCUGCAGCCGGCCCCGGGACAGUCCCGCACCCCCCUUCUGCAGCCGGCCCCGGGACAGUCCCGCACCCCCCUUCUGCAGCCGGCCCCGGGACAGUCCCGCACCCCCCUUCUGCAGCCGGCCCCGGGACAGUCCCGCACCCCCCUUCUGCAGCCGGCCCCGGGACAGUCCCGCACCCCCCUUCUGCAGCCGGAACCGGGGCUGUCCCGUACCCCCCUUCUGCAGCCGGCCCCGGGGCUGUCCCGUACCCCCCUUCUGCAGCCGGAACCGGGGCUGUCCCGCACCCCCCUUCUGCAGCCGGAACCGGGGCUGUCCCGCACCCCCCUUCUGCAGCCGGAACCGGGGCUGUCCCGCACCCCCCUUCUGCAGCCAGAACCGGGGCUGUCCCGCACCCCCCUUCUGCAGCCAGCCCCAGGACAGCGCCACACCCGCACUUCUGCACCCACCCCCCUGGCUCUGGGCCAGUCCUGCCUCCUUCCUGCAACUGGCCACAGUUUAGUCCUGCCCCCCUCCCUUGA